ACACUCCUAAGUCCUUUGCUCUAAUGUGCUUUUUAGGGUGACCCUAAGAAUGAGUCCUGGAUCUUCGCCCUGGCUGUGCUCCUGUGCAGCACCUUCGUCUACAACAGCAUGAGCACCAUCAACCACCAGGCCCUGGAGCAGCUGCAUUACGUGACGGAGCUCACAGAACUCAUUAAGGCCAAGUCCUACCCAAGGCCUGAUGGAGUAGAAGAUUCCACGGAGUUCGUGAGUUUCUUUCCAGACUUUAUUUGGACUGUACGGGAUUUCACUCUGGAGCUGAAGUUGAAUGGUGACCCUAUCACAGAAGAUGAGUACCUGGAGAAUGCCUUGAAGCUGAUUCAAGGCAAGAAUCCCAAAGCUCAAACAUCCAAUUUGCCCAGGGAGUGCAUCAGGCUUUUCUUUCCAAAACGGAAGUGUUUUGUCUUUGACCGACCAACACAUGACAAAGACCUUCUAGCCAAUAUCGAGAAGGUGUCAGAAAAGCAACUGGAUCCCAAAUUCCAGGAACAAACAAACAUUUUCUGUUCUUACAUCUUCACGCAUGCAAGAAGCAAGACCCUCAGGGAGGGAAUCACAGUCACUGGGAAUCGUCUGGGAACUCUGGCAGUGACUUACGUAGAUGCCAUCAACAGUGGAGCGGUGCCUUGUCUGGAGAAUGCAGUGAUAACUCUGGCCCAGCGUGAGAACUCAGCUGCCAUGCAGAGGGCAGCCGACUACUACAGCCAGCAGAUGGCCCAGCGAGUGAAGCUCCCCACAGACACGCUCCAGGAGCUGCUGGACGUGCAUGCGGCCUGUGAGAGGGAAGCCAUUGCAGUCUUCAUGGAGCACUCCUUCAAGGAUGAAAAUCAGGAAUUCCAGAAGAAGCUCGUGGAAAUCACAAUGAAUAAGAAGGGGGAUUUCUUGCUGCAGAAUGAAGAGUCCUCUGUUCAAUACUGCCAGGCUAAACUCAAUGAGCUCUCAAAGGGCCUAAUGGAAAGUAUCUCAGCAGGAAGUUUCUCUGUUCCUGGAGGGCACAAGCUCUACAUGGAAACAAAAGAGAAGAUUGAACAGGACUAUUGGCAAGUCCCCAGGAAAGGAGUAAAGGCAAAAGAGGUCUUCCAGAGGUUCCUGGAGUCACAGGUGGUGAUAGAGAAAUCCAUCUUGCAGUCGGAUAAAGCCCUCACUGAUAGAGAGAAGGCAGUAGCAGUGGAUCGGGCCAAGAAGGAGGCAGCUGAGAAGGAACAGGAACUUUUAAAACAGAAAUUACAGGAGCAGCAGCAACAGAUGGAGGCUCAAGAGAAGAGUCUCAAGGAAAACAUAGCCCAACUGAAGGAGAAGCUGCAGAUGGAGAGAGAACACCUGCUGAGAGAGCAGAAUAUGAUGCUGGAGCACAAGCUGAAGGUCCAGAAAGAUUUGCUUGAUGAAGGAUUUAAGAAGAAAUGUGAGGAGAUGAAUGAAGAGAUAAAUCAACUGAAACAUAUGAUUGAUACUACAAAAAAUGAUGAUACUCCCUGGAUUGCACAUAUCUUGGACAAAUUUGUCAAUGAGCUACCUUCAAUAUUGUCUGCUCCUUCUAAAUUAAUUGGUCAGGUUGUCAAAGGUGUGAGUUUGCUCUUUAAAUAGCAUGAGUUCCUCUAUUAAGGAUAUUAUAGAUCAUACAUAUAUGCUUUGCACUAUUUUUGAUCUUGAUCUGUAUGUUUUUCAUUUUCAUUCAGCAAAGUUUUGCUUUGGUUUUUUUUUUUUU